AUGCCGCAUCUGUACACGACGGAGGAAUAUGCCAACAUGCACCUCAUUUAUGGGGAAUGCAGAUGCAAUGCUACUGCUGCGGCUAGACUCUAUCGUGAGAGAUAUCCAAAUCGUGAACGUUAUCCGGAUCAUCGAGUUUUUAUAAAUGUGCACCGGUUACUCUCAGAGGGUCGAUUCCCCAACCAAGUGACUAGUGAGGGAAGACCAAAUACUUCUAAUGAAGACAUGGUCUUGCAAGAAAUAGCCCUUAAUCAACUUCAGUAUAUGUGUCAUCGUUGUUGGGUAGCGGGAAGACGACAGCAAGCCAGGUUCGAACAAGAACAAAACCAAGAACCAGCAAAUCCAGAGCACUUGCAACCAACGUCUGUUCCAACUUAUAGGAGGGUUGCAAAUACGGCGCGUCACUGUUUAUUCCGCGGGUGCAUCAAUCAAGAACUUCAUAGAGUGUCCAGGUUUAUAAAAGUAUUUUUAUUGGUUAACCAUAGCGUGUAUGUUCCUGAAAAUGUACGCAUUUGUACAACACACAUCAACACAAGUGAUUGGAGCUCCCUGUAUGAUAAUGGAGAAACAAUAUUCACACCAGACCAUCUCAAAGAUAUAAUCGAUACGUUACGAGAUGCAUAUAAAGAUAAGAAUAAUAUCGAUUUUGACAAUAUAAACAACAUUUCACCUGAGGAUCUACAUUACCUAACUGGCUUAACACACCAACAAUUCGAGAUCGUUUUGAAUGAAACACCGUCUCUUUUAGAUCAAUGUAGAAGGCCAAAAACUGCACUGGGGGUCUAUUUAUUAAAACAAAGGUCUGGUGAACCAAAUACACGUAUAGCCUCUCAAAUAGGUGUAUCGCGUAAAACGAUCGGUAUUUUACUUGAAACUGCAAGAAACUGCUUGGCCCAAGACUUUGUUGUUCGCCAUUUAGGUUUCAACCAUAUAAGCCGUGAUGAAAUUAUAGCUCAUAGCCUUGCAGUGCCGGCAUCAAUAUAUUCCAACCCUACAAACCCCGUAGCUAUAGCUAUUUGUGAUGGUUCGUAUAUAUACGUACAGAAAAGCAAAAACUUUUUAUUCCAAAAAAGGACUUACAGCUUACACAAGUAUAAAAACUUGUUAAAACCCUUUUUAAUUACUUGCCCAGACGGCUAUAUUAUAGAUAUAUGUGGACCAUACGCUGCAACAAAAACCGAUGCUCAAAUCAUGAGUGAGAUAAUCAAUGAUCAAACGUCCCCAGUGCAUAUAAUAUUACAAACAGAUGACGUUUUUAUAUUAGAUCGAGGUUUUAGAGACUCUAUACCAGAUAUAGAAAGUGCUGGUUAUGUUGCCCAUAUGCCGCCAAGCAAAGAUAGGCACGCCACACAGCUCACAGAUAUUCAAGCAAAUAAAUCUCGACAAAUCACAAUGGUGCGAUGGGUCAUUGAAGUCAUAAACGGAUGGUUCAAAAGGGACUACAAGAUAUUCAGACAUACAGUUAUUAACAAAACACUCCCUCACAUAUUUGAAGACUUUCGCAUUGCGGGAGCCCUUAUAAAUGCAUUUAGGCAGCGUCUGACAGACAACGAGCAUGCCCACGCUUUUAUCAAUAUAAUAGCUCAAAGAAUUACCGAACCUAAUAGACUGGGCAAUUAUGUAGUCGCAGAAAACAUGAAUAGACAACGGGCGGUGUUCUCUUCAAUGACGGCUACAUCAAUACCAUUUCCACAAUUGACAAAAGAAGACAUCAUUUUAUUCAGUUUGGGAACAUACCACUUAAAGCUCGCCAGAUCAUAUGUUGCCGAACAUUUGCGAGGUCGAGAUGUUUGUGACGAUUUAAAUUUAGACAUGUUAAAUGAAAAACAACGAUCAGAAGUCGAUUAA